AUGGCGUCUCCGAAGCACCAUGUUUCUUGUUCUGCCGUGGCGUCUGAUGAAUCGAGUGUAGUGCAAGUAUUGGACUCUAAUGAGCCACUUGUUGCGAGCUCUUCUUCAGGCCCCCUGUGUAGUGUCAUGCCGUCUGUAGAAUCGAGUGUAGUGCAAGUGUUGGACUCUGAUGAGCCACUUGUUGCGAGCUCUUCUGCAGGCCCCUCGUGUGUGCAAGUGUUGGACUCUAGUGAGCCACUUGUGCCCAUGACUGUGCCAUCGGAACCAGUGGCUGGUAGUUCCCGCGCCACCAAUCAUGGUACCGUGUCGGUACUGUCGCCUGCCUCUCCGACGUCGUCUGAGAGUAGCGUGGGUGAUGCAGAACCUAGAGCUUCUGGGUCGUCUGGUCGAAGAUUCCACUAUUAUUCCGAGGAAAUAAGGUCUCACUGGAAUAUGUUUAGAAUCUAUACCCAGCUCAACACUAAAGCUCUGUGUAUUGCAUUUGCUGAAGAGCGUAGGCUUCUUCCUACUGAAAAAAUGUGUAACUAUCACAGAAGACCUAUGAUAUUAGAUUCCAGCAGUAGGUGUGGGCUUGGCGUCUUCCGAUGCAGGAAGAGUAAUUGUCGCGUAAGGGCAAAAGACUACCCAAAACCCACAAUAAGAAAACCAACUGGAGACAGUAUCAGGAUAUUAUCACAGCGGAGAGACAGCUUACAAUCUCUCUGA